GGGUGUGUACACAACGCCCAAGCAGGAGCAGGGGUGAGGGGAGACUGAGGGAGCGAGAGAGCGAUGGAGUCUCUUGACAAUGCCCUCAUCAGUAGUUCCAAGGGGCAGCACCCCCUGCUCUCUGAAGGCAUGUUCUUUGAUGAACUCUACCCAGAGUCCAAGCACUCCCUGCGGAUGGACCAGGUGACUUGCAAUUUGUCCAACGACUCUAGCAAAAAGAGGCUGAUGGAGGACACACAGGACUGGCAACCUCGCACUGGCACCACCCAGUCCCGGUCCUUCCGAAUGCUUGCCCAGCUCACAGGCACCGAGUUCAUGCAGGAUCCUGAUGAUGAGAACCUAAAAAGGUCCCGGGAAAAGUUCCUCACAGAAAUCAAGAGCCCGCGUUAUGCCCGGCUGCGUGACUGGCACCACGAGCGCUCUGCCCGCUCCCUCAAUAUCUAAACCCGAGCGCCGCGCAUUGACAACCACAGAACAAAAACACGUCAAACACAAUUCAUUAAAAAAAAAAAAAUAACACAGUCAGAACCGGGAGAGGAUUGCAGUUUCACUCUGGCCUAGCUCCCCAGACUAAGCAGACACCUGAAUACUGAGCCCAACGACAGAUACUCCUGAACAAGAGCAAGGAAAUGUAAUGAAUUCGCUUGUCAAGUAGCUCUGCAUCCCAGUGUAACGCACACCUGUGAGGAGUGCUGUAGCGCAGUAAGCUGUAAUAAAGAGAGAGCUUUUUAUGUGUGUGUUUUUCUCUUCUGAUUUUCCUCUGGACACCUUUUGAAUGACACUACCUGUUUUCACUCUCUGUAUACUAAACAGUUUCGUUUUUAUGUUUUCAUUUGCUGGUCUUUCAUCCUUGUGUUCUCCUUUUGGAAGACUAACUUGGUUUUUGAUGCUCUUUUCUGUAUUUACAAAUACAUGAACUAUUCACAAAA